AUCCUACAUUUACAAAAGUGAACAUUUUUAAUUGUAGUACGCUACUCGGUGUGCAUUGCUGAUCCAGACAAAGAAGGCCGACAAGCGUCCCAAACUUCCGAAAUAUGGGGGUUACGUGUGUCACACAGUGGCCAGUAACAGAGAACAGGACUGUACCUCAGGCCGUUGAAGUCCUCACAAAGCGUCUUGAUGCAUUGGGUGCUUCAAAAUCUGGCAAUUUUGGAGUAGACUGUGAAACUUACCAGUCAGUCCCAACAAAUGUCCCACUUAAGUAUAUCCAUGUCAUGCACAACAAAGAGCAACCCUAUACAUGCUAUGCAGUGACAGACAACAGAACCUGCCUAGUGUGUGAGAACUCUUUUGAGGCAAUCAUGCAUCGGCUCAAUGGAUUCUACGUGCCCAAGAAGACGGCCAGAAUUGAGUCCAAAGGAACUCGUUAUGAGAUGGGUGAUUUCAUCAUCAAGAUUGGAAUAGUUUCUCUAGGGCCCCAUGCCAGGGGAGUACUCGUUGAGGUAGAGUACACACCAUGUGUCAUCAUUCAAGACUGCUGGCCAUUAAUGGUGGAGUUUAUGCAAGGUUUCAUGGGAGCUCAGUACACACCAAACACACACCCUAUGUUAGCCAACAAACAGGAAGUGCCUUUCAAUGCAGAAGAUACUGUCUUUCAGUACCUAGAACAGUUUGAAAACUUCGUCAAGAGGGGCUCUAGCACUGCCACUGUCAGGUGAUGUCAACAUGGUAUCAGCAUUUCUUCACGUUUGAUAAUGGCUAGCAGAAGGAUGAACUUGAUGGUGCCUAGAUCUUAUUUGAGACCCUCGUUUAGAACUUGUACAUGGACUGAUGCCUGCUCAAGAUUUAAUGUCUACUGGUUCUCUGUGCUAACAUUGAUGAAUCUGUUACAAGUCAGUCUGAACUGUAAUGCUAUACUCUCGGACAGCACUGAUAUUGGCUGAAUUUCGUCAGAAAUCAAUGUUAAAGAUCUUGGAUUUUUUCAAAUGCAAAUCAUCCACAUGACACGAGUAUUUGCCGAGGCUUGUUCCAUUUUUAAUUUUGAAAGAAAAAUAUGGCGAGAUUGGACAUUUUUUUCUUUAAGAUAAGUCAUUGUGUAAUGCUGAUACGCAGUCCUAGGCCCUUUGUAAUAGAGCUGUGAUCGAUCUGGAUUGAUCAAAUCAAUUGCACCUUACUCACAAACUCUCACUUAGAUUUCCUGGAUCCAUGACUUAUAUGCCUUUGUUUUACAAGCAUGCAUCGUCGUAAAGUAAUAUAAUUGGAAGUUACAAGAGGCAAGAUGAGAAGUAUGAGCAGUAUUUGUAUUGGCAUUGUUUACUCAAAGUUCACCAUGUCCUCUUGAUCAAUUAGUUGAUCCAAGUUGGUUCUUUACGAUAGAAAGAGGUGAAAGAGUUGGUGAAAUGCAAUUCGUAACAAGAUUGUAUUUUCUUACAUUUUGCUGAUUCAAACCACCAACAUACAUUCUUAAAGGUACUAUGUCCCUUUUGCAGCCAACCUCAAAUUCUGUAGAACUUUGCAGGAAUUAUGAAUAUGUCAUGUAUAUCCUAUCUGUGAAAUUUAAA